UUACAUAAGCACUAUAUUUGAAUGUUUUAGUGUUACCUGAUUGAAAAAAUUUGUUAUCGUUCAUCGUUACACAUUUUUGUCAAUCUACUCGUGCGUCGAUAUUUAAUUUUAAACUUCAAAAUCAGUUUUGAAUUUGUUUGUGAAAAAUGGAAGGAAUGGAAGCAACUACCGACUUGUUCAUAAAUUUGAUUCAAAACAACAGAAUAAUUUACGAUAAGUCGAUGAAGGAGUUCAAAAAUACAAGGAAGAAAGAGGAAGUAUGGCAAAACAUCGCUAACCAAAGCAGAAUGACUGUUGACAAUGCCAAAAAGAGAUACGCCUCGCUCCGCCAGAAAUAUUCUCGCGAAAAACGAAGCAGUGAAUUGAAAAGACGUUAUAAAACUGCAGUUUCAAGAAAUUGGGUCUUCUACGAGCGCCUGAAUUUUCUGGAUUCGUUUAUUCAACCAAGAUCGACGUACACAAAUGAUAAAUUUGAUGAAAAUGACGAUGACACUGAAAUGCUAAAUGAAUUUGGUACCGAAGAAACGAAUGGUGGUGAUUCGAAUGCUGUUGAGAUCGAGAUUGAAGCAGGAAUCGGUGUGGAUGAACUUGGAGGCCUAGCUACCGAUGAUGGUCUGAAUACGUGCGUACAGCUUGACACAACGCAGCAUGAGCAGAGCGAUAUCGAUCAACAGCAAACAGACGGGAAUAUUUUUAACUGCCAUGAACGGAUUGCCUCGGAAUAUUCUCGAAACGAGUCAACAUUCCAUCAUCAUCAAUCUUCAGUUGUACUGCGUACUAUAUCACGGGAUGAUAGAAAUGAUACCAACAUUGGUGAUACUGCAGCACAACCAUCAUCUGAAAAUGUCGAACAAAUUGUCGGUGCCAAUGUUGUGGACAUGGACAGCUAUAUGUCACCUCAUCCAGGUACCAGUUCAUCGACUGGAAACAUUACAGUGCCACCGUAUGCCUCACGCUGCUACGACCCAAAGACUGGUGAAAUCAUUCAGAUGACGUCUAACGAUGUCCCCAACUCUUCCCAGCGACAGCAAUCAUCAUCAAUCCAAAAAAACACAACAACUUCAACGCAACAUCCUGCAGCAUCCUCAGCAGCAACUACAAUCCGUUCAAGUCAAUCAGCGAGAAGCUCAACUAUCGCUCCAAAUAUCGCCCGAGUUGCCCAGUUGACAUCAACUUCAGCGUCCAAAAAUGAGAAACGAAUUGACGAAAUUCGUCAAAGAAUGGAAAGUUGCUUGACGGCAAUUACCAACAAAGUCACUGACAAGGCACAGAAGUCACCCCAUGGUCCGUUUCUAUCAUAUUUGGGAACAAGAUUGCCAUCCGUUCCGAAGGAGCGACUUCCAAAAUUGGAACGCGAAAUUUUAGAUCUUGUCGAGCAAUACGUGCCAUAA